ACCUGAAAGUGGCAACCAAAGACGGUGCCACCGUCAUACUGAACUUUUCUGGCGGCGGGGGCGCCGCCGGUUACCAUGCAUGGACUCGAAACAUUAACAAUGCUUCUGACUUUUCGAAGGCAGACCUCACAACUGUCAACGAGCCUUGCAUAGGUAUCACCUUUCUUUUUCCAGGCGCUUGGAAUUAUGAGUUCUGCGUUACAGCGUUGAAUGGUACGUGAACCGCAAUGCAGAUUACACGGGGCAUUUACUGACCACGCGUCUAAAUAUUCAGGUAACCUAGAAAGUCCCAAAUCGAAUUGCGUAAUUGCUUCCAAGGAUAUAACACCCGGUGUAGGUGAUUGUCCAACCCCUGCUCGGCCUAAUUGCGGCUGGGGAACACCCGGUAAUGGUGGUGAUGGCAGUGGUCAGCCAGGAGAGCCCGGAGGCGGCGGCGGCGGCGGAGGAGGAGGAGGAGGAGGAGGAGGCGGUGGUGGUGGGGGUAAUAACGGGGGAAGUGGUGAUGUCUACGUUGACCCUGCCAUCUGGAGAUCUCCAAACCCCCAUGUUACCUGCUCCGCGCCGUGCAACUUCAUCCUGCCCCCAAAGACUUUACCAACCCAAACGACCAUUACACUACCACCCUACACUACCGACCUGGAAAUUGUGUGGACCAUCAGCGGUAAAACUACUCGAUCUUUCAAAACCACCACGAUCACUCUUCCACCAAUUACUACGCAAACAAUCUCGUUCUGGGAUCAGUCAUAUCCUCCCGGCCCUGCCUUCACAUUCAGCCCUGUCCCUCGCAUUGGCCCACCACCAACUGCAAUUCAAAACGACAAGAACCCCGAAGUCACACGUACAAUUACUCCAGUUCCAUACCCGACUGUGAAGCCUGAAGAGAACAGUGAUGAUGACCGUCAUUAUGGCGGACCACAUCCACCCAUCACGAUCGACAUUGGGCCUCCAGGCCCCAUUUGCUCUGCAGGAUGUGGCUCACCCUGUUUUGGUUGUGGCCCCGGUCUUAAGGGUCCCUGUAUCCCCUUAAUCAACUGUCCAAGGGGAUCAGGUUUCCAAGACCCCCAGGACCCAGACAAAGACAACGACGAUGACGAUGACGAUGACGACGAUGACGGGCCUAAACCAAUCUGCCCCUUUGGACCCCAAGAAGGGCUACCUGCUGUCAACCCGCGGAAUCUUGGUCCGAAUGACCAAGUUGAUAUUCACUACAACGGAUAUCCUGGCCCAAGCGAUGAGGAUCAGGCCAACCCGCCAGGAGGAGGCGUCCCGCCUCCUCAAUCUUCAAGCAAGCCUCCAUCGCCACCUACUCAAUCUCCGAGCAAGCCCCCAUCUACACCUUCUCCAUCUCUAACUCCAACUCCAAGCAAGCCUCCAACUCCCCCGCCGGCCACUCAGCGUUUCUGGGUUUUCUAUGUGAACUACAUUACCGAAAUUGAAAACGCAUACGAGUGGCAGUUCUUCAGCAUUCCCUUAUCGACGACAUCAUGGAGUGUGUGCGAUACCGAAAACGCUGUUCAAUGUUCGGAGGCUAAUACCUGUCGUCGAGCACCCGACGGCAAGUUGACAGAGCCACCGUGGCCAAAUGGCAGAUACACUGCAACCCGUGGACCUGCAGAUGACUGCGUGUACCAAAGCGAUGGGAAGGGACCAGGUACUCUUAACUGUCCGAACAAGUCCACGGUGACUUGUAAGCGGGCGGAGAAUGCUCAGGAAAUCAAAUGUCCACCUAUAACGUUUGCGGAAAAUUUCUAUGCCGUAGCGACCUGCGAUUGGUGAGCUAGAUGAAUAAGGCGCGAGGAGAGGAUUCGCUUGUAAUUUAUUUGAUCUCGUAUAA